AUGGAAACACUAAUUUCUACCAUAAUCUUCUGCGCACUGGGAGCUGUGACAUACGAGGUAAAUAUGAUAGGAAACGUGCGGUGCUCACAUUUUACGUUGGCUUUCAAGGAAUGGCCAGAAGAGUAUUAUCCUCCUUAUGCAAAUGGUCCGGGUUACAUCUUGUCAUAUGACAUAGCUAAGUUCAUCGUCGAUGAUUUUCAACAGCAGAGAUUACGAUUAUUCAAGAUGGAAGAUGUGAGCAUGGGAAUGUGGGUGGAGAAGUUCAACGAGACUAGACCAGUGGCAGUGGUUCACAGCCUCAAGUUCUGCCAGUUUGGAUGCAUAGAAGACUACUUCACUGCUCAUUAUCAGUCGCCUCGCCAGAUGAUUUGCAUGUGGGAUAAGCUGCAGAGACUCGGGAAGCCUCAUUGCUGCAACAUGAGAUGAUGACAUAACAUCUUCUUUUUGUUGGCCGGAUUCUUGUUAGAAAGGAAAAUGAAGCAGCGAUGGGAGUUUAUGGAGCUAACUGUUUUAGAUCUCUGAUGUAUAGACAGGAACAAUCUAUAAUGUAUUUAUCUGUAUAAUAUUUAAUGAAGGGAUCUUGAAAACUUGACUGAGAGGUCAAAUUGUUUUUGCUUUGUUUACAAAAUAUUUAAUCAAGUGGUACUACUAGAAGUCAGCCAUUACUCUGUUUCAAC